CUGGCUAGAGAAGCCCAGUCCCGGGGCGUCUCGCUCAGUUACCCGGCGCCUGCCCUUCGGGCCCUCGCAGCCCCGCCAUGUCCUGCUACAUCUACCAGCUGCCCUCCUGGGUGCUGGACGACCUGUGCCGAAACAUGGACACGCUCAGCGAGUGGGACUGGAUGCAGUUCGCCUCCUAUGUGAUCACAGACCUGACCCAGCUGCGGAAGAUCAAGUCCAUGGAGCGCGUGCAGGGUGUGAGCAUCACACGGGAGCUGCUGUGGUGGUGGGGCAUGCGGCAGGCCACUGUCCAGCAGCUUGUGGACCUCCUGUGUCGCCUGGAGCUCUACCGAGCCGCCCAGAUCGUCCUGAGCUGGAAACCAGUUCCUGAAAUCAGGUCUCCCAUACCAGCCUUCCCGGAUGCUGUGAAGCCAGGAAGGCCUUUGACAGCUUCUGUAGGAAACACCGAGGAUGGACAGGGAGAGGGGCAGCCUGAGAGGCUGGCCGCCUUUCUGGGCCCAGGAUCUGCUCCAGCCGGAGCCCAUCAUCAGGCCUUUCUCCUGCCUCCUUCUGAAGAAGAUGACCCUAAUUCCUUAAAAACUGACCUCCCUGCUUCAUCUGAUUCAAAGGAUUUUAGCACCUCCAUUCCUAAGCAGGAGAAACUUUUGAGCUUGGCAGGCGACAGCCUUUUCUGGAGUGAGGUGGACGUGGUCCAGGCAACCGAUGACUUCAAUCAAAACUACAAAAUCAGCGAGGGAGUCUUUGCUGACGUCUACAGAGGACAAAGGCAUGGGAAGCUGAUUGUGUUCAAGAAGCUGAGAGAGACAGCCUACUCAAGUCCAGGAUCAGUCGAAAGAUUCUUCCAGGCUGAGAUACAAAUUUGUCUCAGAUGCUGUCACCCCAAUGUCUUACCAGUGCUGGGUUUCUGUGCCGGAAGACAGUUUCACAGCUUGAUCUACCCCUACAUGGCAAAUGGUUCUUUACAGGACAGACUCCAGGUUCAGGGUGGCUCUGACCCCCUCCCCUGGCCGCAGCGCGUGAGCAUCUGCUCAGGGCUGCUUCAUGCCGUCAAGCACCUGCACAGCCUGGAGAUUAUCCAUGGCAACAUCAAGAGCUCAAAUGUUUUGCUGGACCAAGAUCUCACCCCCAAGCUGGCUCACCCGAUGGCUCACCUGUAUCCUCUCAACAAAAGGUCAAAAUACACUAUGAUGAAGACCCACCUCUUCCAGGCCUCAGCCGCAUACUUGCCGGAAGAUUUCAUCAGGGUGGGGCAGCUGACAAAGCGGGUGGACAUCUUCAGCUGUGGAAUAGUGUUAGCCGAGGUCCUCACCAGCAUCCCGGCGAUGGAUAAUGACCGAAGUCCGAUUUACCUGAAGGAUUUACUCCUCAGGGAAAUUCCAAGCAGCACCACCUCGCUCUGUUCCAGAAAGACGGAUGUGGAGAAGGUGAUGGCAAAGGAGAUCUGCCAGAAAUACCUGGAGAAGGGAGCAGGGAGGCUGCCGGAGGACUGUGCCGAGGCCCUGGCCACCGCUGCCUGCCUCUGCCUGAGGAGGCGGAAUGCUAGCCUGGAGGAGGUGUGUGCCUCUGUGGCGGUGGUGGAAGAGCGCCUCCGAGGUCAGGAGCCAUUACUUCCUUGGAGUGGGCUGUCUGAGGGCAUAGGCUUUUCCUCCAACACCCCAGAGGAAACAGACGAUGUUGACAAUUCCAGCCUUGAUGUCUCCUCCUCCGUGAGGACUGCACCCUCUGCGGGGGCAGCCGCCUCCCUUCUCCCCACAGAGAAUGGGGAAGGAAGGCUGCCGGCCAGCGGGGGAAGAGAGGCUGACUCCUCCUCUGAGGCCUGUGCAGGCCCGGAGCCUCCCCGGGAUGCUACAGAGACUUCGUGGGAAAUUGAGAUCAAUGAGGCCAAAAGGAAAUUGAUGGAGAAUAUUCUGCUCUACAAGGAGGAGAAACUGGACAGCAUUGAGCUUUUUGGCCCCUGAUGACUGGAACACAACUGAGGACCCUUGUUCUCAAUUGGAAAGAUGAGCACCUGAUCACGAAAAAGUUCUGAGGCAGAAUUCAAGACCUGCCAGGAAACACGCAACCAAACAACAGCUUUCCUAAGAGGAAGAGAAACUUUCAUUUCUCCAGAAUGAGUUAGGGGAGAAGGGACCUCAGCUUUUAGAGACACAGAAAUUAACAAAGCCCUCUUCCUUUCUGGAAUUUGUUACUCAGAAUGGGUCAUCAGGGGAAACUGAAGCGGAAACCCUGGUACAUGGGCCCAGGAUGUGGGCGAUUUUGUGGUUCUAGGGAGUAUGUGACGAAAACCACCCAGAAGAUGCCAUUACCCUAGCAGCUCUGGGCCUCCCAAUAACUGAUGGAGUAAUCCACAAUGCCUGUGGCAUUUUCCAAAGUUAAGAUCUCUGGGUCAUAUUUGCUGACAGCUGCAUACACAUGACCAUGCUCUGAAAGAUUUUCAACUUGUGUCUCAGUGUAGUUCUUGACUUACCUCUCCAGGUCUUACGUUUUAUACAUGCCAGAUACCUGGCAAAGGACUCUGUAAGCUUUCUACUUCCUCUAUGGGA